UUUGUGCGUUUCAAUUUUGUAGAUUAAUUUUUUGUUCCGCUUUUAAAAAUAUAUAGUUUAUAAAUACUAUUCAUGGCUGAUUCAAGGAAUCCACCAACGUAUGACGAAGUCAUGUUAGGAAAUAGUCAGCCAGCGGUACAAGAAAUACCAGCUGUCGUUUCGAUAAUGCCGUCGGCUCCGUAUCCUCAACAGCAGUAUUAUCCACAUUCCAACAUUUCUUCGCAAUCCGCGCCAAAUUAUGGCUCAAUGGACUACAGCGGACCGAAAAUACCACCAAACGCUCCAUCGCCAGUCGUUAUUGCACCAGGCAUUGGAUCUGGCAUUAGCGGAAUGUCGGCCAAUACAACUACCGUGGUGAUUCCUCAAGAAAUCUUAAUCGUUGGUGGUUGUCCAGCUUGCCGAAUUGGAAUGUUAGAAGAUGAUUACACUUGCUGCGGUAUAUGUUGUGCUAUAUUUUUCUUCCCGAUUGGCAUACUUUGCUGUCUGGCCAUGAAAAACCGCCGGUGCACAAAUUGUGGUGCACAGUUUUAAUCAACCAUAAACUAAACGGGUGUCCAGUUCCUUGUCUCUAAAUAUUGGAAUGUGAUCGGAAUCUUCUCUCAAAGCAAAUUGACUACUAUCUCAUCUAUGGGUACGUCUCUUCUGUAAUCUAGAGUUCUAGUUAGUAAUGUACGUUUAAUUCAUUUUCAUGUCAGGUUCUUGGAUAUAUCCCUAUUAUAUGCAAAAUGUAUAUAAAAUGUUAAAGAUUUAUCCGAUUUUCAUGUGUGUUUUUCUUAUCAAACACAAAGCCAUGGGUAGAAAACGUUCUAUAAAACCAUGGGUAUAAGACGUUCUGGGUAUAUUUUGGUUAGCACAUCCAGGAUCCGUUUCUACAGUACUUCUUAUUAAGCGGUUAUAAACGGUAUUAACGGUUACAAAACGUACAAAUUUAACCGCUUCGUGAAAGAUAAAUCUUUAGAUUUCUAUUGCUUACUUUCAGACUGUAAACCUAACGUAUCCUGUUUUAAAAUAAAUGAAACUUAGGGUUGAAAAAGUAGGUAGGUACUAGCGUCAUUUCCAUAUGCUGAAUAAAGCUAAUUGACGAAUUAUCACUUCGUGUAGCUUGUUUCACACAGCCUUCUAUAACGACCGGAGCAGAUGUUCGAAUCAAGUUUUCAUCUGCGGUAGGAGUUGGCCUUCGGCAAAACGCGUUGUGAUUCAAUAGAAAUGGACACAUUCCAGCGUUACGGGACACCCAUUGGUAUCGAGUGAAUCGCCUCCUGUUUCACCAUUUUUUUGGCAAAUAGCUUGUAAAAAAGUUGUUUGAAGAGUACUUCAUUUUUCAGUAGAAUGCCAGGGAUUUAAAUAAACAGGAAUCGAUCUGCAUAGUUGGGAUAGUGUUCCGUAACGCUGGAAUGUGUCAAUGGCUCAUGUAACCGUCAUCAUGGCCGCAGAGUCUGCUUUUGAUUUAAGGUUAAUUGGAAUUUGAUCCAUUUUGUUACAAAAGUGUUCAAAAGAAUAAUUCAACACAUCAUUUAAUGCUGGUACCUAGUCGUAGUAUAAUACUUCACACAAUUUAAUUAUUACUAACCAGAUUACUAACCAGCCUGAAAACCUAACGGCAUUUUCGCUUUCCAGAAUAACCAUAUUACGGUGCUGCGGAAGUCUUACAGUAUUGCGUGCGAUGCAAGCUAAUGUUUUUUUUUUCAAUAUUUUCCAGUGACGCAUAAGUUAAAAAAGGAUAUAAUUUGACCCAUGUCUGAUGGGACAGCCAGGUGAUAACAGGAAGUGUGGCGUACUCUCCGUUUCCUUUGAAACAGUGUUCCCACCAUUACUUUUAAAUCAUGACAAAAGUCGACCCUGGUUAACCUGGUUUACUCGAUCCGCAAUUUCCCCACCGUUAGGCAUACAUUAUUUGAGGCCAGCAUAGAUAUUUUUUGUUUCAUGUUCGUAGUAUGUAUACAUAUUUAAGUAUACACAGAGAAAAUUUCAUGCAUAUCCGUCAAAUAUUUAUCUACAAAGUACUCACUCAUUUAUAACGACGUGUUGAAGCGAUUGAAUGCGAAACUUUGAACCUGUUUUUCUUAAAACUGUAUUCAAAUUAAGUGAGUAAGAUUUCGGAAAACGACUGAGUCGAUCCGUUUCAAAUUUUCACAAGCUUUUAAUGUAUAUUUUCUAGUAAUUAAACGAAGAUUUUUUUCUCACCAAAAGUGAUCAUCAUAUGGGUGUAGGGUGUUGAUCAUAUGGACAGUUUAGGAGCAAAAUGCAUUCCAAAAAUCGAGUUUUUCUACAUAUUUGAGAAUUCUCCAUUAGACCAUAAAUUCAAUUAUAAAAAUAUUUUAAAAAUUCGAAGUUCCCAGAAAACUCUAAUAGGAAUUUUCAGAUUUUUACGGACAUCGCUUA